AUGAACACCGAUGGCAGCAGGGGAGGGCCGGACUUGUUAGAGAUUGAGGAGGCAACGUCGUUCACGGUUAAGAAGGCGAAGAAGCCGUCCAUUGUCUGCGUCACACGAUGGAGCUCGGUGGUGAACGCCGUGGUGGUGGCCUUGAUCAUGACGCUGCCACCCGUCCUCCUCAUCUUCAGCGGCCACCUCGACGAUCCGGCGCAUGUCCUGAAAUUCUGCUGCAUUUCACUUGCAGAAUCAAGGAAGGACGUGCUUCUGGGUGGCCUGGUCCUUCCAGGAUUCGACGAACAGUCCUGCGCCAGCCGGUACCAGUCCGUGUACUACCGCAAGAACAUGACGCGCUCCCCGACGCCCUAUCUCAUCGAGCGGCUGAGGGAGCAGGAGGCGCUGCAGCGGCGGUGCGGCCCGGGCAGUGAGCCAUACAUGAGAGCUUCGGAGCGGCUGAAAUCUGGGGAGAAAAACGUGGACACCGUCGACGGCUGCAGCUACCUGGUGCUGCUAGCAUACCGCGGCCUGGGCAACCGGAUACUCGCCACCGCCUCGGCCUUCCUCUACGCCAUGCUCACAAACCGCGUGCUGCUCGUCGACCGGGCCAAGACCCUGGGCGACAUCUUCUGCGAGCCGUUCCCGGGGACGACAUGGCUGCUCCCUCUCGACUUCCCGCUGGAGGGGUACAGCGACCUGGGCGAGGAGGCGGCGGAGAGCUACGCGAACGUGACGCUGCGCAACAACACCGGGCCGGCGUCGGAGCACCGCUUCGUGUACAUCACCCUCGACCACGGCGCCAGCGCGGCCAACAGGCUCGCCUACUGCGACGACCACCGGCAGUUCCUCCACCGGGUGCAAUGGGUGGUCCUGAGGACGGACUGCUACAUCGCGCCCAGCCUCUUCCUCAACCCGGCGUACCAGGAGGAGCUCCACCGGAUGUUCCCCAGGAAGGACGCCGUGUUCUACGUCAUCUCGCGGUACCUCCUCCACCCGACGAACGACGUCUGGGGCAUGGUCACGCGGUUCUACGACUCCUACCUCAAGAACGCCGACGAGACGCUGGGCAUUCAGAUCAGGGUAUUGGACGAAGACACGCCGCCCCAAAACAUCUUGGAUCAGAUCCUCGCGUGCACGUCGCAGGAGCACCUGCUUCCGGGCGUGGUGGUGGCGGGCGCCGGAGGAGUGCCGCCGCCGCUCCAGACCCGUGCCCGAACUAAGGCCGUCCUGGUCACAGGGCUCAGCGGGUGGCACCACGACAGAAUCCGGGAGAUGUACUGGCAGUCGGCGACCGCUGACGGCGAGGUGGUGAGCGUGCACCAGCCGAGCCACGAGGAAUUCCAGGAGUUCUUCCUGGCCAUGCACGACAUGAAGGCGCUGGCCGAGAUGUACCUGCUGAGCAUGACCGACGCCAUCGUCACCAGCGGCUGGUCGACGUUCGGUUAUGUUGGCAGCGGGCUCGGCGGGCUCACGCCGUACCUCAUGAUGAGGCCUGUGCACCGGAAGCUGCCCGACACAAGAUGCAAACGGGCCAUGUCUAUGGAGCCGUGCGCUCAGGGGCCAGCAUACUUCGAGUGCACCAGGAGAGAAUACAAUAUGGUCUUCCACACCAAUAAUAUGGUGCCUCAUGUCCAGGCUUGCGAAGACAUGGCUUGGGGACUAAAACUCACUGAGCCCAUAGCCGAGAAGGAAGUGUAG